CAUAUGAUAUUCAAAAUACUGUGAAAAUUAUCAAAAAAGCUAAAACUUUUCAUUUGUUAUAAUGUCUUAAAUUCCUCAAUAUAUGUGUUACUCUUUGAUUGACAAUUUUAAAGUGUUUUUUAGUUAACUGUUACCCAUUUAAUCUUACCCUAUGACUUCUGAUCCUAGAUUCUCACCCCAACAUCACCAACCACCUCCACCUCCUCCUCCACCUUCACUCCCACCGCUUUCUCUACCUUUUACAUUGGGUAGAACUUUUUUGAACAAAUUUUCUAUCAAGUCUGAUGAAGAAGAACCUCAUAAUUCUGUUCGCAAGCUUUUGCUUAAGUCUGGGAUAAUGUCUUGCAAUGAUGGUGCCGAUGAAAAGCAUUUGCUAUUUUCACGUUACAAUCAAGCUCCAUCAAUCACUCAGGAAGGACCUACAUGUGGUUUAGUCGCUCUUAUGAUGGCUUUGGAGCUACUUGGAGUAAAAACGCGUGAACUUUCUGACGUUUUAGAAGAAGCCAAGAAACUAGGGAUUACUUACAAUGGAGAAAUGUUUUCAGUCCACAAUCUUGGUUGUUUGUCCCAACAUCUGGCUCCUGAAAUUUCAGCAUUGCAUGUAUGUGAUAUUUCCGAUAGCAAAACUAAACAAAAAUUUAUUAAACACCUGUCUUCAGGAUGGCCUAUUCUGAUUCCCUACGAUGCAGAUUAUAAUCAACUGCCCUGCUCUAUCAACGGACAUCGUGCUCACUGGGCUGUAAUCUUAGGUUAUUGCAUUGAAGUGUUAUGUCCUUUAAACUGUGACAUCGAAGAAGUUUCGAAAUUUUGGAGAAUCGAUAAUUUUUAUCCAUCGUUAUACCAUUUAAAUACAACCGAUGGAUUUAAUGAUACAGAAUUCUCUAAAAAAAUUUACGACUUACUUUUGUUAGAUUCAUGUAAAUUAUACCUGUAUGUUAAGCAAGGUAAAAGUUGUAAAUUACUUUUAUUCGACUAUGAAUCUCUUAUAGAGAGCAACAGAAACUUGAACUCAAUUAAUCCUACUUCAACUCGAGAAUAUUUACUUCCAGAAGGAGGGGUUCGUUCUGGAUUGAGUGAUCAAGCUUUAUUGCUUGAGCCUAGCAAUAUGAAUCUGUGAAAAAUGUUGAUAAUUUAAGUAAUUUAAAUUUUAUUCAUGAUCUCCAAAAAAGUGCAAAAAAGUUUUAAUAAAACGCUGACAAUAUCUUAGGCAUUACAAUUGCAUCAGAUUAAUAAUACCUGAAGACUUGAUACUUUUUGUUGCAAUCAUUUACCUCAGUUGUAAUUGAUAAAAGCGAAAAAUGAUAUUUGACAAAUAAAAAUAAUUUAAUUUAGUAAA